AUGGGACCGGCCAGCAUUAUUCCGAACCCCCGCAAGCAGCGGGCGAAGUAUUAUGUGAACCCGAACACAGACAGCGAGCGCAGCGCCUACCUUCGGUGUGAAUUCCCGAUCGAGUACGGCCGCUCCCCGCUGCAUGCUUACACAGCAGUGCUUCGCGGCUACGUUGGGGCAGUUAUGCCCUUGCACAUCAAGACACCGAUUUCGCGUCUGGAAGCUGAGACAGCUCGACGCCCACUUGAUCAGUACAACACCGAACUGAUGACAGUCACGACAGAUAUCUUCGACCGCAGCGUGCGCGCGCUGGCUAUGCCGGCUGCCCCGCCGCGGCCUAUUAGAAACCCCGCUUUCCAGCACAUCCGACCCCUGGACCAGAGCCUGAUCGACAAACGGGCCGUCCUGGACGUCGCUGGACCGGGGCUGGUAGUCAUUGAGCUAUUCACCGGCGUGAUGGCCACCACAGAGGCGCUGGUGCGCAGUGGCCUGAAGGUUCGGAAGGUCUACGCUUGCGAGCUGGACAAGAAGGCACAGAAGGGAUUUUCGAGAGCGGCCAGCGAGGCCAAAGGGUUGCGCGACCCGCGCACCAAGCUGUUUACGGAGGCCAUUCGGGUAGUGCACACUGUGACCAGUGUCCACGGACCUUGCGCCUACCUGUUUGAAAACGUCGACGCCAGCGAUCACCCGCAGGCGGACGUUCGCGACGAGUUUAAUGACGUCGUCAAGGGGGUCCUUGGACCAGGCUUUGCAUUUGACGCAGUUGCCGCGGGCUCGCUCGCCCACCGCAACCGUCGCUGGUGGACCAACCUAGUCCCCAGCCCGCUCAUUACUGAGAUGGUUGAGAAGCGCUUCAAGCAGCGCCCCGAUUUUCGCCGAGUUCAGGACAUUCUGGAACCUGGCAGGACCGCGCAGCGAGUCAAGCACUCUGGUGCGCCGGGUCGACACCGCGUGAAUGAGACAGGACAGCCACUUCGGGCUCUUUCCACUUUCGUCUCUCUGCGCGGGUCCCACGCUUACCGCGUCGGGAGCCACAGCAUGAUUUUAGCCGCCAAUGGCGAGCAGGAAGAGCCGACCGCCCUAGAGCGCGAGCGCGCUAUGGGUUUUCUGGAGAACAGCACUCAGGCUGGGCCACCGAUCACUGAGUCGGACCGCCGGCGCUUGCUGGGAAGCACGAUGGACAUGCAUGCCUUGACCUUCCUGACACAGCCGCCUGGCACAGCGUCGAGUCGACCGCCAGCAGCGGCUGGGGGGGGGAGAGGCCAGAUUGGCACACCGCAGAAAGAUCCUGGCAAGGAACAGCCAGAGGGGGAUCCCCCGGACCUCCCGGACUUACUGCCGUCCGAGGAAGAGUCCGAGAAGCUCGACUGGGGCUUAGGGGGGCGAGGCGAUCUUACGCCUGAGCAGAAGCAAGCUCUUGAGGACUUGAUGGACGAAUUUCGUGACGUGCAAGCAGCCGAUAUGUCCGAAAUGUCCACAAUCAUCGGGAAGAGGUUCAAGAUUCCGGUUACGGAUGAUACACCGAUUUUCAAACACCAGUACCGGCUCGCUUACGCCGAGAAAGACAUUCUGAAGGACCAGGUCGAAGAGCGCCUGAAGUGCGGCUUUUUUCGCCGGUUCAGUGUCCCCAUGGGCCUCGCCUACAACCAUGCCGCCGAAGAAGGAUGA